AUGAUCAUGACACAAUCACCAGAUGCAAACCCAGUUCUGGAGAUUAUCGAUGAGCUGCCUAUACCAUUCGUUGUGGUAAUGUGGAGAGUAUUUAAAAAAUAUGAAGUCCCUGUGCCAGAUUUGAUUGAGUAUGUUAUUAUUGCUCCUCGUGGAGCACCGCUGACCAUACCGGAAAUAUUCCUACAACCACUCACCUUUGCUUCCUGGAUGCUUUUGCUCGUAAUCGUUGUCAUAAGCUUUCUAGUGAUGUGGAAUACUGGGCAAUAUUUUCGCAACGAUCUGAUUUUGCUACCAUUCUGUGGCAUCGAGCGAUACAAUUUGAACGAAACGAGAGCAAUGGAAAAGAUGAUUGUUGUAGGCUUGAUGGUGUUUUACUUUCUGAUACAAAGUGGAUAUGAAUCGAUCAUCAUUUCGUUGAUAUCAGAACGGCAACAAAGAAAUAAGAAACAUACAAAUAUUGAGGGAGGAAUUGAAGACGGAGAUAUUGUUAAGUUCGGUGAUCUAGCACCGUUUUGGGCAGUUAUUGGGAUAGGAUGGACGCUUAGUAUUGUUGUAUUUAUGUUAGAACGUUUUACAAAUCUAAUUUUGCUGCACAACUCGGAUGUCGAGGUAUAA